CCCUCCCUCUACGAAAAGCAAAUUAAACGAAGCACUAGUUUUAGAUGAAUUUGCUUCGUUUUCUGUCAUUUUCUUCUAGGCCGCUUUUGAUAACAGUUGAUUUCAACUUUCAUCUUGAUGUCUCUUCAGAUCGUGCUGCCGCUCGUAUUACAUACGUGCUUGAGUCUUUUAACUUAUCUAAACAUGUUACUGCCGCCAUAAUCUCAUAAUCUACUUGAUCAGCGUGGCUGCCAUCUUUUCGUAAAUGAGUUCUAGGGUAACCCUAAGAUUCAUUCAAGAGAAGAGGUCAAGACCCGCUGUCCAAUGGCCAAGACCAUGCAUGUUCAUCAGGUCGCAAGAACAUUCUGGCAAAAGACCUCCCACCGACAUCCAGACCUCCAGACCUCGUACAAACAGAAGGCCUGGUUGGCCAGCAAGGAUGGAAUGUUAUCAAACAUAAAGAGUCUGCGCAGGAGAGUCUGCGCAGGAGAUAAGCGCAAUACUGGACCGACUUCUGUCACCGGAAGACAACAAAGGGAAAACAACCUGGCAAGUGGGCCGCACCCCGAUGCUUAUGCACACUACAGAAAACAGCACCAUUACGACGAAAGGAUCAUCAGGACGAUUUACAAGUCAUACCCAGGCCACCAAGCACCACGCCAUACCUCACCACCGCGAACGCAAACGGCAUUCAGUUAUAACAGUCAAGCCACACAUAGGCGACGACUUCUGCUUUAGGGGGUCCUCACACGAUGACGACUCUAGUGAUAGCAUCCCCAAGUUCCACGUGUGCAAACACGGCAUUCCGAUCCCCGGGGACUCGAACAAUACGGGAAAUGGAUGUGAUAAGUGCAUGCGGCCCAAAUCCCGGGGAGGUCGGGUAUUGAGAGACUUUUUAAGCCGGAAAAAAGCAAAAGAAAAACAAAGCGGAAAAGGUGGGCGCUAAAAAAUAAUGGCCUCGAGGCAGAGAGGCGGGGAGAUAUCGGGAUUGGUAUAGACAACGCUUGGCAACGCUUUGCAGAAAGAAACAAAUAACCCUAGCAUUUAUCGUGGCCAUUAUUGAGCCCGGGCCUGGUACCCGGACUGGAUGAUUGAUAGUAGACCACUUGAUCAAUACGAGGUAGCAGGUGAUUAAAGAGACAGUCCAAGCAGCGUUGUAAAGAGAAAACAUGUAUAAAGGAGCUGGAAGGAGAUACUUGUUGUAGGCUUGAAUAACUCAGUGUGUUGCUUUUUUAUUGAUUUAUCUUUCCUGUAUUCGCCAUCAUAAGAAAAAGUACUAACUGAGAAUGAGGUCAUGCCGGGAAAUAUCAAACUGAGGCUUUGGCGUAUCGACCGAGGCUUUGCAAUAUGGCUUUUUAAAAUAAAAAUGACAAGAAAACAAAUCAACUUUUGCUUUCGCGCGAAUAUUGAUAAGUUUAUCGAUCGAUUUCAAAAAGGCGGGAAAACGAGAAACACUCGCGCGCUGCCAAAUCAAAAAUGUAAAUGACUGGAAAGAUUCAACUACAAGUAAUUGGACGACUUUUUCGGGCUAUUUUCUUUCUAUUUGCGCCUUUUGGAAGCUACAGGGUUUAUCCUAGGGGAAGUUGAUCAAAACAAUAACAGAGAAAGCUCAGAUGUCGGUCUUACGGAAUUCCGUAAUGCCGUAAUGUUUGCAAAGCAAGUGAGUUUUCGAAUUUCGACCAAAAACCGACUAGCACUUUGAGUCGGAGUUUUAUUAUUUAAAUAAAAGAGGUGCAAAUACUGCAGCUUGUUUGUAAAUGCAAUAUUUCUAUCAAAUCACCAUAAAGCAGCACAAAGGUGUUUUCUUUAACAUCAAACGUUUGCUCUCUACAUACUGUGGAGUUUUCACACCAAACAGUCCAUUCAUGCCAUGAAGAUUGACAUCUGGGCUUUCUUUCUCAUUGUUUGGUUCUAUGGCACCUUUGGGAAGACGCCUGUAGCUCGAAAAACACGGAAAGUUGUUGAAUUAUAUCACAAUGCUUGACACAACAAUGAAACAUAUCUGAACGGUAAAUAAACCAAGGAACCUUCUUUUUACGUCUGAAGGGCUAUGGCAAAUGUGUCUUCUCUAUACGUGUUUUCUUCUAACAGGUCAAAGGGCGAAAUGAGAAAUGUGUCCUGUCUA